AUGCUCACUGACCCUCUAUACAGUUGGUUCUCCGUAACAAUGGGCACAGGCAUCGUCUCAAUUCUCCUUCACAACCUCCCGUACAAUGGAGACUGGUUGUACUAUCUCUCAAUAAUAGUCUUCGUGCUCAAUGUCCUUCUUUUCAGCACAGGCUGCAUCAUCAGUAUCCUACGGUACACACUGUACCCAGAGAUCUUCCCUGUGAUGAUCAAGCAUCCCGUUCAAUCUAUGUUCAUAGGAACUUUCCCCAUGGGCCUAGCUACGAUCAUCAACAUGAUAGUCUUCGUCUGUGUCCCAGCGUGGGGUGAAUGGACGAGGUAUUUCGCUUGGGGAUUGUGGAUUUUCGACGCUGUUGUGUCGGUGACGACGGCGUUUUAUUUGCCGUUUCUACUAAUGGCCCAUGGAAAUGAAAGACCUCUAUCCUCGAUGACGGCGGUGUGGCUUCUACCCAUCGUGAGUUGUAUUGUGGCUGCAUCGUCCGGGGCUGUCGUCGCCGGUGUACUACCCAAUGAGCAGUAUGCUUUGUGGACGGUCAUUGUUAGCUACGUACUUUGGGGUAUUGGGUUGCCGUUAGCUAUGAUGGUUAUGGUGAUUUAUCUCCUGCGUCUGACGCUUCACAAGCUGCCUCCCAAGGCGGUCAUUGUUAGUGUGUUUCUGCCUCUAGGUCCUCUGGGACAAGGUGGAUAUGGAGCGAUGAAGCUGGGCCAGUGCGCGCGAGAUAUAUUUCCCCAAAACUCAUACAUUGGAAGAGUCCUCCGGGGCGACUUUCUAUACUUAGGACUUUCCCUUUUAAUAUUGGGUGGUGGGGAUUUACUUUCCCGCUCGAUACUUUCUGUGUUUGUGGUUGUGCUGUGGAUCAUUGUGAGUGUUGGUACUUUGAAAGGCGCUAUCUCGGGAAAGCUGUUCCAUGCGCCGUGUCUAGGGGAUCUUCGGGUGACGGAAGAAAACAAGGAUGCCGGAAAGGCAGCUUGA